CAAAUCGGCGACGGCGGCCGGUUACUGACCUUCAUCCUCACUCUCUCUUCCCUCAUUUGCCGCCAUACUACGUGAUGACGAAUUCAUAUACCAUCAAACUAUGAAAGCUUUGCCUUCUUUCUAGGGCGAGUUUGUUGAUGUCAACAUGAAUCUUUCUGAGCCUCUUUUAUCGAUAAGGAUUAGCUCACCUUUUCAAUUUAUAGUGUCAUCAGCGCUGUACGUUGCCAACAAGGAUUUGGGGCCAAGAUUCUGGCACUUCCCUUACCUUUGUUAAGGCUUGUGCAUUCAGGAAUAAUGGCUGUUGAAGUUGAUGUGGUAAACCAGGAAUUGACCCAGCCUCAUCAUGAUGUGAAACUGUUCAACCGGUGGACCUCUGAUGAUGUCCAGGUGAACGACAUCUCUUUGGUUGAUUACAUUGGGGUUGCACCUGCCAAACAUGCCACCUAUGUACCCCACACUGCUGGGAGGUACUCUGUCAAGCGCUUCCGAAAAGCUCAGUGCCCAAUUGUCGAGAGGCUCACAAAUUCACUUAUGAUGCACGGUAGGAACAAUGGGAAGAAACUUAUGGCUGUCAGGAUUAUUAAGCACGCAAUGGAGAUUAUUCAUCUUCUAACUGAUCUCAACCCAAUUCAAGUCAUUGUCGAUGCCGUUGUUAACAGUGGGCCACGUGAAGAUGCUACUCGAAUUGGUUCAGCUGGUGUUGUUAGGCGUCAGGCCGUGGAUAUAUCCCCUUUGCGCCGUGUUAACCAAGCAAUCUAUCUCCUCACGACUGGUGCUCGUGAGGCUGCCUUCAGGAAUAUCAAGACAAUUGCAGAAUGCUUGGCUGAUGAACUUAUUAAUGCAGCAAAGGGUUCUUCAAACAGUUAUGCCAUCAAGAAAAAGGACGAGAUUGAGAGAGUUGCAAAGGCUAAUCGUUAACGUUAUAUUUCAGUGUUUGUUUUAUGUGGCAUAGCAAGAGUUUUAUGUUCUUUUUCUUGUGUCUGGCUACAUUCUUCUAAUGAACACUAUAGUUGGUUUCCUUGUUACGACAAUUCAUAUCUACUUGUUUUAGGCUUUUUGAAGUUUUGAUAUCAUUGUGGUUUCCAUCAGAACAAGCUAAUCCAUGAUGUAUUUCUUAAAGUUUCAAGUAUGUUUUCUAGUAUUAUCUUAAUUGUACCUGUCUUCUUUGGUUUUUAAUGUAUGUUUUGGUCCA